AUGGUGCUUGUAGGUGGAAAGGGCUUUCCGUCCUCAGGUUUUGAGACAUUUCCUCAUGGGGGCACAACCAAGAAAGAUAGUGAGGGCCUGAGGAGACAGUGUGGGGCUCUGCACCCCACCCAGGGGCUGUGUGGGGGCUCCAACAACAGGUGGCUUUGGGUACAGCCGCCCAAGCUCCAGCUGUCCGUGUUGCUCCAGUGGGCAGAGCUGUACGUGGCCCAGUGCACCCAGCGGCCCGUGGACAUCGUCUUCCUGCUGGACGGCUCCGAGCGGCUAGGUGAGCAGAACUUCCACAAGGCCCGGCACUUCGUGGAGGAGACUCAACGCACGCGUGGCGAUGCUGCAGUUUGGGGGCCCUCGCGAGCAGCAGGUGGCCUUCCCACUGACCUCCAACCUGACGGUCAUCCACGAGGCACUGGAGAGCGCGCGCUACCUCAACUCCUUCUCACACGUGAGCUCGGGCAUCGUGCACUUUUUUUUCUCACGGAUGGCGUCACGGGCAACGACAGCCUGGACGAGGCCGUGCACUCCAUGCGCAAGCAGAACGUGGUGCCCACCGUGGUGGCCGUGGGCGACGACGUGGACAUGGACGUGCUCUCCAAGAUCAGCCUGGGCGACACGGCUGCCGUCUUCCGUGAGAAGAACUAUGACAGCCUGGCCCAGCCCGGCUUCUUCGACAGGUUCAUCCGCUGGAUCUGCUAGCGCCCCACCCACCCCGGCGCGCACCCCCAGCCCUGCGGGCUCUGUCCUCCUGUCCGUGGUGCUACUCAGAUCCCGCCAAGAGAG